AUGGCACCCAGACGCAUUCUAGUAAUCGCUGGCUCGGACAGUUCGGGUGGGGCCGGACUAGAAGCAGAUCAGAAGGUCAUUGCAGCGCAUGGCUGUUAUGCUAUGACGGCUACGACUGCUUUGACAGCCCAGAACACACUAGGCGUCCAGGACAUCCACCAUACCCCGCCGGACUUUGUGCGGAAGCAGAUCGAUGCUGUCUGUGAAGAUGUGGGCGUGGAUGUGGUCAAGACAGGCAUGCUUGCAUCUGCUGAGACCAUUAUGGUCGCUGCGGAUGCUUUGAAGAGACAUGAGAUCAACACCAGUAUCGUUGAUCCUGUAAUGGUGUCAACAUCUGGCUCACAGCUCCUUCCCGAAUCAGCCAUCGAAACCCUGAUUCAACACCUUCUGCCUCACACGACGCUUCUCACACCAAACCUUCCUGAGGCUCGCUUGCUUCUCCAAACGGCCGGGUACGAUAUUCCUGAUCCGAAGAAUGUUGAUGACAUCGUCUCGAUGGCGCAGCAUGUCCGGUCACUAGGACCCAAAUGGGUGUUACUGAAGGGGGGCCAUUUACCAUUGACCCACGGCCGGGUAGUCAGCACGCACGACAGCGAGAGGGAAGUCGUCUUGAACAUCCUCGUGGGUGAGACUGGAGUCACAAUGCUAGAGAGCCCGUAUCUGCAGUCGAGGAACACGCAUGGGACAGGGUGUUCAUUAGCAUCCGCUAUUGCGUGUAAUCUGGCGGAGGGAAUGUCGAUGGCCAAGGCGGUCAAGAAGGCCAAUCUGUACGUUGAAGCAGGCAUCAAGACAGCUGUCGAUAUGGGAGGGGGAAGCGGCCCCAUCAACCAUUUCCACUCGAUGUACAUGCUGCCUUUCACGCCAGGCAACUUUAUUAGCUAUCUGCUCGACCGAGAAGACGUGCAGAAGCCGUGGAAGGAAUAUACCCAACACGAGUUCGUGCAGAGUAUGGGCGCUGGGACAUUGCCAGUGGAGAAGUUCAUGUACUACCUUGUGCAGGACUACCUCUUCUUAGUCCAAUUUGCAAGAGCGAACGCGCUGUCUGCAUACAAAUCUAGCAAUCUGAGAGACAUUGGGUACUCCGUGCAACAAGUCGUCACCCUCCAGGAAGAGAUCAAGCUGCACAUCGACUUCUGUAAAGAGUACGGACUAUCGGAGGCCGACAUCAUCGAAGAAGAAGAGGACCAGGCCACCACGGCAUACACCCGUUAUGUGCUCGACAUCGGCCUGUCGCAAGACUAUCUUGCUCUGCAGAUUGCGCUUUUGCCUUGUCUCAUCGGUUACGGCAUUAUUGCCAAACGUCUCUACGAAGAUCCCAGCACCGUGAGGGUGGGAAGCAAGUACUGGAAGUGGAUUGAGCAGUAUGUGGCAGAAGAGUACAGGGAAGCGAUGAUGAGGGGCAGUGAGCUGGUAGAGAAGCAUGCCGAGGGACUGAGUCCGAGCCGGGUGGAAGAGCUGGCCAAAAUCUUCAUACACGCUACAAAUAUGGAGAAGGGGUUCUGGGACAUGGGCCUCAGAGCUGGUGAUGGGCCAAGACUUCGACCCACGCUCCCUUACUCGAUCGGUUCCCCCUUGACGCCAGUCUCUACAACACACUCUCACAUCAUGUCUUCCUACGGCGGCGGUUACGGCGGCGGCGGCGGUGGAUACGGCGGCGGCGGUCGCGGUGGUGACCGUGGCUACUCGAACGGUGGCGGCGGCUACGGCGGCGGUGGUGGUGGCUACUCCGGCGGCGGUGGUGGCUACGGUGGAGGAGGUGGUGGUUAUGGCGGUGGCGGCGGCGGCUUUGGCGGUGGUCGCGACGGCGGCGACCGCAUGUCGCAACUCGGCCAGGGCCUGAAGCAGCAAUCAUGGGAUCUCGACACGAUGCCCAAGUUCGAGAAGUCCUUCUACAAGGAGGAUCCCGCUGUUACUGCUCGCUCAGCAGCCGAGGUUGCCGAAUACCGCAAGGAGCACCAGAUGACCGUCAAGGGCGAGAACAUUCCCAAGCCCGUCACAACCUUCGACGAGGCUGGCUUCCCAUCAUACGUGAUGAACGAGGUCAAGGCCCAGGGUUUCGCCAAGCCCACCGCUAUCCAGGCUCAGGGUUGGCCCAUGGCUCUCUCUGGUCGCGACGUUGUUGGUGUUGCCGAGACCGGUUCCGGAAAGACGUUGACCUACUGUCUUCCUGCCAUCGUUCACAUCAACGCUCAGCCUCUCCUCGCCCCCGGCGAUGGCCCCAUCGUCCUCAUUCUCGCGCCCACUCGUGAGCUUGCUGUCCAGAUUCAGCAAGAGAUCAGCAAGUUCGGAAAGUCCUCGCGCAUCCGAAACACCUGCGUCUACGGAGGUGUUCCAAAGGGUCCCCAGAUCCGUGACCUUGCGCGCGGUGUUGAGGUGUGCAUUGCCACCCCUGGACGUCUCAUCGACAUGUUGGAGGCUGGAAAGACCAACCUUCGCCGUGUUACCUACCUGGUUCUCGACGAGGCCGACCGCAUGCUUGACAUGGGUUUCGAGCCUCAAAUCCGCAAGAUCAUCGGACAGAUUCGCCCUGACCGUCAAACCUGCAUGUGGUCCGCUACAUGGCCCAAGGAAGUUCGCCAGCUUGCUGCCGACUACCAGAAGGACUGGAUCCAGGUCAACAUUGGUUCCAUGGAUCUCUCUGCCAACCACCGCAUUCAACAGAUCGUCGAGGUCUGCACAGAGUUCGAGAAGCGUGACCGCAUGGCCAAGCACCUCGAGACCAUCAUGAGCGACAAGGACAACAAGAUCCUCAUCUUCACAGGUACCAAGCGCGUUGCUGACGAGAUCACCCGAUUCCUUCGUCAGGACGGCUGGCCGGCGCUUUCUAUUCACGGCGACAAGCAGCAGAACGAGCGUGAUUGGGUCUUGAACGAAUUCAAGACGGGCAAGAGCCCCAUCAUGGUUGCCACCGACGUGGCUUCCCGUGGUAUCGAUGUCCGCAACAUUACUCACGUGUUCAACUAUGACUACCCGAACAACUCGGAGGACUAUGUCCACCGCAUUGGUCGUACUGGUCGUGCUGGCGCUAACGGUACUGCCAUCACCCUCUUCACCACAGACAACUCCAAGCAAGCUCGUGAUCUCGUCCAGAUUCUCACAGAGUCCAAGCAGCAGAUUGAUCCUCGUCUGCACGAGAUGGCCCGCUACGGUGGCGGCGGUGGUGGUGGUGGUCGCUGGGGAGGUGGCCGCGGCCGUGGUGGAGGCCGUGGCGGAGGCCGUGGUGGCUGGACCGGAGGUAACAGCGAUCCCAUCCGCAACAGCCGCUGGUGA